UUUGUACAUUUGCAUUUGAGAGUAGAGGUCGUGUCAUCUGUAUUGUUUGCUGGCGCGAGUGACAAACUACCCCUUGCUUUGAGAUAAGCACAUCGUUUGAUCAUCGCAUUUCCAUGCCGCAUUGACAAUUGAUGCAAAACCUCCCUGAGAGAAGACCGACCCAUAUCAUUGCAAUGUUUCUCCCUACAAAUCGUUGCACAACCUCAGAGUCAAGUCGGUGUUUGGGUUGGAGCAACGAUUAGGAGUUCCAAUGCCCGGAACGAGGACAUAAUCGCAUCUCAAUGCCAUGUUCCCUGGACAAUUCAAACUUGCGCAUCCUCCGGCUGAGGGAGUGACCCUGAUUCCACUCGUCACGGCUGGGCAGUUUCCUAUGCUCGACCCACCGGCACUGCAAUCGACCAGACUGAUGUCCCAGAACAACGCACCCCCAGAGAUUGUGUAUUCGACUCUGGGGUUAUCGGAUGGUGAGUUGGCGCGGUUACUCCAACCAAGCGUGUUCCCCUGGUUCAACGAAUAG